AUGAACACCGUCAGUUUAUCUUUGUCUACGGAGAGUGAUGGUUUGCACGAUUUACCUCUUAUGGAGCGUGUAGCCGCAUUUCUGGUAAUAUUUUCAACAAAUUUUGCCAUUCAAAGUUAUCCAAUUGAGAAUGGAUUUUCGGUGAAGUAUAAUCCAAAUUAUCCUAAAGAGGAUCUCAGAGUGAAAAAACCCGUUGCAAUAUUUGGAAAAAAUCCACAAGAGUUUAAACAGCAAGAGUAUGGAAGGCGAGAGACGGUUACUGAGGCUCCUGAUAAGCAGGACGACAUGGCAACUGGAUACUCGAAUCUAUUGGCAAAACUGAUGUUUCCUAGAAGACUUAUUUAUACUACUGACAGUAAAAAUUCAUCGCAUAAAUUGUUGAAUGAAGUGGAUUUGUUUAACCUGCCCGUGGUCAGACAGCCAUAUGCCAAUUACACCGUUAUAGUGGCUGCCGCACCGCCAAACAUGCAUCUUGAUGGUGACAAUAAGCGAACGAUCAUAUACAUUGUAUUCCCGGACAACGGCUCCUCUGACUCGGGUAAGUAUAGCAUACCGGCUGUGUACUUUGUGAAAGAACGAAGUGGUAAGAAUCGCCGGGAAAAGAAGGAGCUCGCGGAACCGAUAAUUAUUAUAGACAGCAAUCGCACAGUUACGGGGAUAAAGAGUAAGGAAAUUUCAAAGUACUUGAAAUUUAAUAAUAAAUGGACAAGCCGAAAUAGUUACAAGGUAGAUCGUUAG